CUUCCUACACAAAUGGUCUGGUGUGACAGCUAAAAACAACAAUAACAAGACGGAAGAGGAGCUCAGAGAUAAAAGUGACUGUUUUCUUCUGUACGCUCUCUUGGCGUUACGCUGCCUGCCUUUUCGUGGGUAUCAGCUGAGCAGGAGACCGUUAACCGUCACCCCAGCAGCCUUGUUGUUGUGAAGUGUAAAGCUAGCUGCGGUGGUCGGCCGGCAGUAAUAACAGUCUCCGGGUGGACAGCUUCACUCUCAGGCAAACAAACGCUGCUCGUCCGUUAAGUUCGUUAGCUAAGCGGCUCCGGCAGGUUUCGUCGUUUGCUCACUCUCUCAUUAACGCUGUUGUUUCCUAGGUGGAAACCGCUAGCUUUACUGGCCUGUCUGUCAUCAUUACGGCUCGCUGUAGGAUCCAGCUGUCCAUUCAGUCCGCAAGUUAGUUACCAGCUUAGCUUACAAAGCGAUUUACGAGGAGGACACAAAGCAGACUGCUCCUAAAACAACGCACGGUCGUCUCUCGUGCUUAAUUCCUUGUACUGUCACAGCUGAGUUGGGAAUCAUGUUGAUCACAUGUUAGUCUUUGAACUUUCCACCAGAUCUGGUGAAGACACAGUCUGUAAUGUUAUAUACGUGUUCAGUUCUUUGACGCUUCUUUUUCAAGACCCUGUGUGGUGUCAUUACAGUGUCUUAACCCAGCUUGGCUAUUAACAGAUGAAGAGCUAUAACGUAAUUUUUGCCUUCGCGUAUUUGAAGUCAGUUAAAGGGAACGUCCACACAGCUUUCAAAAUUCCUGCAUAAUGAAACGUUUAAGAUGUCUUUCAGAGUGGUUUUGCCGAGAACUGAGAAACUUGCCAAGUCAGAUUCGCUUACAAUGGUGGUGAUAGGAACCAGAUAUCUGAAUGUCUAAAUGCAUUUAAGAGCUAGCCCACAGAAAGCUGUUAACGCGAAAUAGUUAUGAAUGUGGUGACUGAGACACUGUUUUAUGAUAGUUUUUUGAACGGCUUAGGUCCUAACUGUGUUUUUAAAAUUCCUUCAGUGUGAAGCGGUCAAUGGGGGCCUUGUAACCAUGGCAAACAUACUUUAUUAUAUGUAACGUUGAUUACUUUAACGUGAUCAACAUGUAGGUUCACUGGUUUUUGCUGUAUUUGUGUAUCACAACCUGGUUUCUGUCACAACCACUGUAAAGACAUCUGAGUCGUUGCUUCUGGUGUCCCUCCUCACAUCUCUGAGCUCCGUGUUAAGGAAAGGUGAACUGAGUAGCCUUACAGGACACACAGAAAAGUGUGGUCGAGGACUUGUGGAAAGACACAUUUACAGCAGUUUGAUUGCACUUAAAGCAGUGAAUGAGUUCUACGUGCGUCGUCUCAGACGUCAGUCCUGUGUUGGACAGGGCCAUGGAGGCACCUGAGGGGGAAGGCCGCACAUUCAUGCAAGUGAUCAGUGAAAAAUACAGCCCAGAGAACUUUCCGUACCGCCGAGGCCCAGGAAUGGGGGUGGUUGUACCGUCUGGCCACCAGGGAUCUCCUAUGAAAGACCGGCUGAACUUGCCCAGUGUGUUAGUCUUGAAUGGCUGUGGAAUCACGAGUGCAGGAGAUGAAGGAGAGAUUGCAGCGUUCUGUGCUCAUGUAGUUGAGCUGGACCUAUCUCAUAAUAAACUCAUGGACUGGCAUGAGAUCAGUAAGAUUGUUGCGAACAUUCCAAACCUGGACUUCCUGAACCUCAGCUCGAACCCACUGAGUGAAGCGGUGCUGGAGCCAGACUAUGCUGAGGCUUUCUCCAGAGUGCGGCGCUUCGUCCUCAACAACACCCAAGUGUCCUGGGAUGUCGUGCACACCUUCACGCGCGAGAUGCCUGAACUGGAGGAGCUGUUCCUGUGCCUUAAUGAGUACAAUACUGUGACGGCUUCUGCCACUCCAUGUACUUCGCUUCGGCUGCUGCACAUAACGGACAACAGUCUGCAUGACUGGAGCGAGGUGCGCAAGUUUGGCUCAAUGUUCCCCUCUCUGGAUACGCUCGUCCUGGCUAACAACAACCUGAGCUCCAUUCUUGAGUCGGGGGACAAUCUCUGCCGACUUUUUCCCAAUUUGCGCAGCAUCAAUCUGCAUAACUCAGGUCUAAAUCGCUGGGAGGACAUUGAGAAGCUAAAUUUCUUACCUAAACUGGAGGAGGUGAGGCUACAGGGCAUUCCCCUUCUGCAGACCUACACCAACACGGAGCGACGCAGUCUCAUGAUAGCACAACUGGCGUCUGUGACCUGCCUGAAUGGGAGUGUGGUGUCAAAGGGAGAGCGAGAGGACGCAGAGAGGUUCUUCAUCCGUUACCAUCUGGAUCACCCUGAAGAGGAACUGCCUCACAGGUACCACUCGUUGGUGACCAAGUAUGGGAAGCUGGCGCCGCUGGCUGAAAUUGACCUGCGGCCACGCUGCCACGCUAAGGUGGAGGUGCACUGUGAGGACCGAGUGGAACAGGUGAGCAUCCGGUUGGACCAGACUGUGGCCGAGCUGAAGAAGCAGCUGAGGACAGUGGUUCAGCUUCCCACCAGUAACAUGCGCCUCUAUUACAUCGACAAAGACAUGUGCUCCGCCUUCGGCCCUGAGGAGAUGAAGUACAGCACGAGGGCCCUCCACUCCUACAGCAUUCGCGACGGGGACGAGAUUCUGGUGGUGCCCAAGACCAAAUGACUGACCAGCACUCACAGGACCUAGAAAAACUGUUUGGAAUAUUGAAAUCCUUUCUGAACUAGACCUCUGAAGGGUCCACGGUAUUUGACAUGAUUCAGGAAAAAAGAACACCUAUACUUAUCAGACUGGCUCAGAUUUUAAAGACAUUGUAGUGUUGUAAAGGGCAUCUCACAGAUCACAGUCACUACACGGUCACUGCACACAUUGCUUAAUGUGUGCAGCCCUGCACUUGUUGCCAUAGUAUAUAUAAGUGGCUUCCCUUGUUUUUGUUGACUUUGCCCUUGUAUGGGGUUUGCUAUUAACUUUCAGUAAAUGCCUGUCUCUUCAAGACAAAAGCACAAAAGAGGAUGCACUUUUUGGCGGUCCAAAUCUUAUCCAUCUUAAGAACCUUGUGACAAUCAUCUGCGACUCAUGCUAUCCUGGUUUGCAGCAAGUGCAGAAAAGGCGUUGGAUGGUGCGGAUGUCUUGAGGAGAAAUGGUGGAUUUGCUGUUGGUGUAUGUAUGCUGUGUCAGCCUAGUAAAAGACUCAUAUUUGGAAACGUCUUACGGAGGGGAAGUGCUGGCCUUUCAUGCUUUUUUUUGUAGAAACAGAUGCUACUGAACUUUGUUGGACAUUGCAGAGUUGAACAACAGUCCUUUUUCAUUUAUUUUGUAUUGUACCAUUAUUGCAUGAAAACAAGCUAACUGAGUUUGCUCUGGUGGUUAGAGUUGGGAAUAAGUAUCAACACCAGAAUCAGAUCAGAAUCAGACAAUAAUUAUUUAAAACCUCAGCAUCAGUAUCCAUUCAGUCUAAGGGUUUAGUAGCUGAUAUUCAGAGAUGAUGCUUUGAAAGAAAGGAAGGAACUGCUCUGUAGCAUUGUGCAAAAUAGACUUGGUGUGACCAUCUAGUAAAAAUGUACAAGGUAGGGGUGCACAAUCGUAUCAUAAUCAAAUCAAUAAUGGCAGACAGUUCCUUAAAAAAUGAUCAGAUAGAUGUUUAGAUUUUACAGGUAUCUCAAACCAAUAUCUGUUGACAUAAAUUGUACUCUGGAAUAGCGUAAUGUUUAGGAGAUGCUAAAACAUCUGCAUUUUAUUCAUUUUACAGCAUUUUAACCCUUUACAAAUAUAUUAGAUUUCUCUCUAAUGCUAUUCCAGGUAGAUUUAGUACCAGUAUCUUUAAUGUUUAUGUGUCGGCAUUGGCUGAAGCGUAUUGAAUAUCAGAUAAUGGAUAUUGGUGUUAGCCCACAUUUCCCAUAUUGGUGCAUCACUACUACAUUUUACAUUUAUGGCAUUUGGCUGACGCUCUUAUCCAGAGCGACAUACAAUUUGAUCAUUUUAUAUAGGUAUGCCAAGGCGGUGUUAGGAGUCUUGCCCAAGGACUCUUAUUGGUAUAGUGUAGGGUGUUUGCCCAGGUGGGGAUUGAACCCCAGUCUACAAGGCAGAGGUGUUAACCACUACACUACCCAACCUACUGUUAUUCACUGUAAAAACGUUUAAUUUGCAGUCAUCUUCACCCUGAAAACAAAAGGAAUGUUGGCCAAAACAGCCAUUUAGUAGGUGAUUCAGUUAGUGCAUCUCUAAUGGUGAUUAAAGGUGUAGGGUGAAAGAUUGGGGAAUGCGUAAUAACAAGUGAAUUAAAGUCGUUGUAUUAUCAAAACUUCACACACAUCUUACCUCCAAAAGUGCAGUUAAGCAUGCAGUAGUCAUGGCAUUAUAGCUUGCAUUUUGUGUUGCAUAUUCUGCUUGUGUCUUUCAAGAAACCCUGUUGACUGAAAGCUGAUUCAUAUUAUUUCUUUGUGGUUUGACUGACUUGCUUGGUGAUGAGGACAAGCUGGACAUGUUUUUGUGAUUUUUCUUUAAUGAAGCCACCAGAUUGAUAAAGAAAAGCCGCUAUUCUUUAAAGGCGCAUACAAAGCCGAAUGCCCAAAAGUUCCAUCUUGCCAAUAGAAAAAAAAAUGCUACAUAUAUAUCAGAGCCACAUGGUGAUAUCUUAAUGAAAAAAAUCAUACCUUAAUGACUUCUGUUCACUGGUACUUCUAGGUUUAAAUCUCCACUGCAUUUAUGCAGCUGGAUUUAAUUUCAUUUGUUUUUUACUGUGUUAUAUUAUAUACGCUUGUCUUCUUUUGGUUUGGUGGCAUUUGUUAAAAUAUGAGUAUGCUCUGCCGUUUUCAUUCUCAUGAAUCUGUUUACAAGCACUGGGUGACUGUGCAGAUCAGGACUGUUUCCUUUUUUUUUUCAGGAUAUGACCAUGUUGAAAGUUUAAAAUUUAGAGACUAGAAUCAAUGAGUUAGUCCUAGAAAAAAAAAUUCAGGAUUUAAUUUGCACUGGAUAUUCUUUGUUAUUGGUUGUGACAAGACUGUGAGCACGCAUUAAAGCAACUGGCAGCAAAAUGAAGAUCAAAAAAUAGGCACAGUUCUCACUCAAAUUUAAAAUACAACAAUGUCUGAUAUCAGUAAUAUGUCAUUAUGUUGGGAUAACUCCAUUAAAAAUACACAGUUUUAACAGAGCGGUGGUUUAGAUCUACUGUCGUGUUCCAAGUGAGGUUAGUGCUUAGACCAAAUGAAUAUUACCAAGCAUCACUAAUUUCAAGGCAAAUUUUUAAAAUAUAUUCCUAUAUUUGACCAUUUGGAUGUGACUUUUGGUGGGCACAGAGUAUUAUCCAAUAUAGUACUAUAUAUUCCAGAAAUAUAAUAUACUUUAGCAAAAUGACCAAGAUUCCUCCAGUUUUACAGUUAGUAUAAUUAAUAUAAUCGUCAUAUCACUGGCACCUUUAGAACACUAUAUGAUUUUUUUUUUUGUUGUUGUUUUGGUAAUAAAAUAUCUGUAGAAAACAUAUUACUCUAAAGUAUUCUAUGAAAGUUAGGGUGUAGUUUAUUUAUAAUUAUAAAUUAUUAGACACAAUGUUACUGAUCAUAGACACAACUCAUGUAUCUAUACAGUUCAUGGUUUUUGCACAUUAAUACCCUGGUAAGAUAUACCCAGUAGGUUGACAGCUACAUUUCAGGUUGUAAUAGCUCCAGAUUUGGAAAACCAAUGAAAAUGAAGUGUGCAGAUAACUAUAGCAAUGUCCGUUUAGUUUUUACUGUAACUGUUGUACGUGGUUUAACUGUACUAUUGUUUUUUUCAACAAAUGGUGUUUAAGGUGACAUUGUCCAAAUCAUGCUAUUUCAGAAUAACAGAGUAGUUUGUGAUGUCAUCUUUGUUUUCCAUAUAGAUGAUAACCAAAACACAAGUGGGUAGUUGGUUAGAGAGCAAGUAGUAACUUCAAUCUGUAUUCAACCUGAGAAUAGACCAUGAGGACUAUAUGUAUAAUCACAUUCCCAUAUUGGAAGAAAAGACAAAGCGCUCAUUGUUUUGUAUUGUAUUUAAUCGAGGGACCUGCCCAUAUAAAAAGGUGUAUUGUACAUGUUUGAUUACUGGCUAAUAUUUGUUGAAAAAAGAAUGCUUUGCACCCUGAUUGUGCUUAAAGCAAAUGAUCAAAGUUAGCAGGAGUUUACAUCGUGUUCUUUUUGAAGAAAUACCUUUGAAUGGAUGGAUAAUGUAAAAGAAAUUGUCGUUGUUUUCAUUGCUUUCUUUUGUAAUGUUUUAUUUAAUGCCUGGAUUUUAUUUAUUUGCAUUAAUUUCUUCUGAAAUUAAUUUAAUUAGCUCUGAAUGUAUGCUGUGGAUGUUCUCUAGUAGUGGUUUUUAAUAGUUUGUUUCAGAGCCACAUAUCUAGAAGUUAUGUAUCAGGUAUCAUUUUUAAACCUUGCUUUAACCUCCAAAGGAAGACCUAAUCUUCAAAUCUGAACAAUGUGACAAAUGUGUAUUGUGAAGGGUAUGUAACAGUACUUCGCUACAAAAGGGACAGAGAAAUUGACUCCCACCCAUUGAGUACAUUUACUGUCCAUCAACAUGAGUGCUGAGAAAACAGUUGUUUUUGUUCAGUCUUGCAUAUACAGAAGCGUGAGGUUCAAAUGGCAUGGUUAUGGAUUUGCUUUCACCAGGUCAUCCAUCCAAAUGCAUGUGUUCACUGACUUAUGCUGUUGCACAAAUAAGUGGAAAUGAAUCAAUCUGCAACAUAUUUUCAAUGUUGGUGGGCAUGAAAUGCUUCGAAAGUGGAAGGGAAAUAAAGAAAUCUGAGGUGUGUUUACAA